AUGAUUUCUCAACAAAUUCUUGAAAAUGUUUCUAAGGAAAUGAAAGCUGUAGAGAAAGCAAAAGAAAUUAUUCAAAAAGCACAUAAACAUCAAGAAAUUCAUGAAGAGGAAAGAAGGAAAAAGUUAGAACAAGCCAAAGAAAAAGAAAAGGAAGAAUCGAGACGAAGAGAAUAUGAACGAUAUCGACAAUCGGUGGAAGGAAUUGGUGGUGUGGAACCCAUGUCCUUUGAAGAAUUUAUCACAAAGAAUCAAGAGGAAAGUGCCAUGAACUUAGUUUUGCCUCAACAGUUAGGACCUCUUGAAGAAAUUGAUUCAUUCUUUGAUUUGUAA